AAAUCUGUGCAGGAGAAGAACACUGGUUUUAACACCACAGAGACCGGAUCAGCAGAAGAAGAUUUAAUGUGGAUUUCUUCAAGCAGUGCGAGGAUGUGGCUGCUAGGUCUUCAGGUGGUCGCCAUCUGUGUUUUUCUACAGGUGCCAGGAUGUUUCCCAUCAUGCAUCAUAAGUGGCUCUGUAGCCAACUGUGCCUUCCAGAACCUCGUCUCGGUUCCUGCUCUCCCUUCUCACAUCACCCACCUGUACCUGGAGAUGAACCGCAUCCGUGAGAUUAACUCCAUAUCCCUGUCAGGCCUCGAGCAGCUGCAGGAGCUGGACCUAGGACAACAGCGUGUGCCACUUGUGAUCAGAGACAACGCCUUCAGCAGACAAAGUCGGCUGAGGAAGCUGAUUCUCGGCUUCAACAUUGGCCUUCGACUGGAGCCACAAGCCUUCGUGGGGCUGUCCAGUUUGCAGCAGCUGCACCUUGACUACUGUUCACUUCAAGAGUCCAUACUGACGGACAACUUUCUGCAGCCACUGUCCUCUUUAGAGACUCUUGACCUCUUUGGCAACCAGAUAAAGAGACUCCAGCCUUCAAUGUUCUUUGCAAAUUUGACUAAUUUGAGAGAUCUGAAUCUCAAGCUGAACAAAAUUGACAAAAUAUGUGGAUCAGAUCUGGCUGGCUUCCAGGGAAAGCACUUCCAGGUCCUAAACUUGGACUCUGUUCACAUUAAAGCCAUGUCUGAUAAAGGUUUUGACUGGCAGAAAUGUGGGAAUCCUUUCAGAGGAAUAUCCUUCCAGACACUCGACCUGUCCUACAACGGGUUCAGCGUGGGUAAAGCGAAGCAGUUUUUCAGAGCUAUUGAGGGGACGAAGAUCUCCCAUCUCAAACUGUCAGGAUUUAUGGGUAAAGGAUUUUCAUUCAACAAUUUCCCCGAUCCAGACAACAGCACGUUUUGCGGCUUAAACAACAGUUCAGUCCACAUUUUAGAUCUGUCCAAAAACAGGAUAUUUUCACUGCGACAGGGGGUUUUCCGCCCGCUGAAAGAAGUCGUGAGCAUUGAUGUUUCCCAAAACAGAGUGAAUCAGAUACACAGAAAUGCUUUUGAAGGUCUUCAGGGUCAUUUAAAAAUGCUCAACCUGUCACACAACCUGCUUGGGGAAAUCUAUUCUUACACCUUUGCUUCUCUGACAAACCUGCAAGUGUUAGACUUGUCUUACAAUCACAUUGGUGUGCUGGGUUUUGGCUCAUUCAGUGGACUUCCCAACCUGAAAGCAUUAUAUCUAACAGGGAACGCUCUGCGAGAAUUAGGUUUCCCUGCUUCUUUACCAAGAUUAAAUUAUCUCCUGCUGAAUGACAAUAAGUUGACAUCGUCAUCAGUGGGCGCCAUCACUCAGUUUGCCAGUAAUGUCAUGCAUCUGAACGUUAACGACAACAGAUUUUUUAACUUUGCUGAUCUUUACACCUUUUUGACUCGGCUGAAACGUCUUCAGCAUCUCUUCUACGGAGGAAACACGAUCAGGUGGUGCACACUCAGUAGACAAGUGAUUGGUAUGAAUAAUCUCCAAGUCUUGGAUCUUCACAGCAGCUCCCUGCAGUCUAUUUGGUCUCAGGGCAAAUGUCUGAAUCUGUUUGACAAUCUUGGACAUGUGGUCAGUCUCAACUUGAGCUUUAACGCACUGCAGACUCUUCCUCAAGGUAUUUUCAAGGGUCUCACCUCUGUAGUUCAGAUGGACCUCUCAUCAAACGCCUUGACGUAUCUCCAGCCUGAUGUAUUACCCAAAAGUCUGGAAGUACUCAACCUCUCCAACAACUUCAUAGCCUCCCCAGACCCUGCCGCUUUUCACUCCCUCAGCCUCCUCGACCUGAAAAUGAACCGAUUCCACUGCGACACCAACCUGAAGAGUUUUCUGACUUGGCUGAACCAGACCAACGCAACCUUCUUGAGUCCUGUUCAGGAGCUCAGAUGUGAAUUUCCCUCUGGUUUCUAUAUGGUUCCUCUGUUAACCUACUCUGCUCAGGUCACACAGCAAUAAAAAGCACCUCAAAGUCUGGAAAGUUUGUUUCAUUUCAGACUUGCAGCGAGCAAAUUAUACAGAACUAAUCAGUGUGGUUUGCUAACCAGUGUCCACAAGUAUUAAUCCAGUAGAAUGGUGUCACAUAUUGAUGAUUUGAGUAGUGCAGUCAUGUCUUAUCCUCCGUUUGAUCUGAAUUUGUAGUAACUGUCAGAAAUAAGAAAUCUAAAAAGAAAAAAAUCCCCUGAAACAGGUUGAAACUGUAAUGUGUGUAGCACAUAAUCAUAUUUAGAAUUUUGCUUUGUUUGUUAUUUAAUGGAGGUUCAAAUACUCCUGCAAAAGGGGGCGUCCAAUGAAAUAAACAUGCCACUUUUACAGUACUAUAACAUGACUAAUGAUAUAAUUAGUUUUUUGUUUUUUUCCCUUUCCUCAUAAUUGCUUUUUCUUGUAUUAAAAAAAAGAAUCAGA